AUGUUGGGAUUUGAACUCUCACCACCCAUCCUCCUGAGUGCAACUGUCCUCUUGGGCACUGUCAUCCUUCGCACCAUAUGGCUUCGCCUUAUUCUCAAGAACCAGCUGCCACCUGGACCAAGACGGCUUCCAAUUAUUGGAAAUGCUCUCCAGGUGCCGACGGAGCGGGCCUGGGAGGUCUUCUCUGAAUGGAGCAAGCAGUAUGGAGACCUCAUGCAUGUCGAUGCUAUGGGCCAAAACUUCGUUAUCAUUAGCUCGCCCAAGAUCGCUCGGGACCUUCUAGACAAGCGCUCCGCGUUCUACUCUGACCGCCCACAUUUCGUUAUGGCGAACGAACUAGCAGGAUACGGGGAGUCGUUCGUGUUGCAAUCAUACAACGAUAAUUGGAGGAAGCAACGCCGGCUGGUGGCUCAAGACUUCUCUCAGAGCAGCACGCCGCGUUACUAUGCCCUUCAAGAGAAGGAGACCCGUAUCCUUGUGCGGAACAUUGUUGACAACCCGGCUUCCCUUGUUUCUCAAGUCAAGCUGACAAUUGGGAUCAUUAUUAUUCGCGUAACUUAUGGAUACUACGUGCAGUCCGAGAAUGACCGUAUCCUCUCGACGUCCCUGCAAGCAGUGGAGAACUUCAGCCAUCUGAUAACGCCCGGAACCUUCCUGGUCGACCUUUUCCCUCCAUUGAAGUACUUACCUCGCUGGUUACCCGGUACUGGCUUUUUCAAGAUAGCGGAUGUGUGGCGUAAGACGGUCUUCGAUGGCGCCCAUGCGCCGUUUGAAUGGUGCAAGGCGAAUUUGGAAACGGGCAAAACGCUGACACCCAACCUAUGCGCCACUAUUAUCCAAGAGGCGGGUGGAGAGCUACCACAAGACGACCAGGAGAAGCUGAUCUGGGGUGCUGGAAGCGUUAUGGGUGGUGGGCUGGAUACUAACAUAUCGGCGGCGCUUACUUUCUUCCUCGCUAUGAUCUUGAACCCAUCUGUGCAAGCGAAAGCACAGAGCGAACUCGAUGCUGUCGUUGGCACCGAUAGACUUCCCGGCAUCGCCGAUCGUUCAAAUCUACCGUACAUCAGGGCUAUAAUAGCUGAGAUAUUCCGCGCAAGCCCAUCGUUGCCACUGAGCAUCCCUCAUGUGGUCCGCCAGGAUGACGUUUACGAUGGAUAUUUCAUCCCGAAAGGCGCGGUAAUUAUGCCCAACGUCUGGCACAUGCUUCAUGACCCCGAAGUUUACCCCGACCCGCAUUCCUUUAAUCCAGACCGCUUCAACGGUUUGGACGCCGCAAUGGAAGAAGUCAAAGAUCUCGUGUUCGGGUUCGGCCGUCGCGUCUGCCCUGGGCGGUACUUCGCCGAAGGCACGCUGUUCGCAAUUAUCGCGACGACACUGGCGACAUGCAAUGUCCUCCCUGGCCUGGACGAACAUGGAAGGGAGGUCAUGCCGGAGUGGGCGUACACGUCGGGGGAUUGUGUUCCCGAAGGACUUCAAGCUGCGGUUGAAGCCUCGCUCGGCACAGGCUGA